AUGAAUAGGAAACCCAUAUCCGUAGUAACUGAUGGAGAUAAAGCUAUGCGUAAGGCAAUUAAAAAAGUACUACCCCAUGCUUGUCAUCGCCUGUGUUCAUGGCAUUUGCAACGAAAUGCAUUCACGAAUGUGCAUAUUAAGGACUUCACAAGCAUUUUUGCAAGGUGCAUGUUCAUGCGUGGGAGUGCGGAAGAAUUUGAAAAGGUUUGGCAUCAAAUGGUUGAAAAUUUGGGUCUUAAUGAGAAUCGUUGGGUCACCGAGAUUUAUAGGAAACGUAAACGAUGGGCUGAGGCGUAUUUACGUGGAAAAUUCUUUGCAGGGAUGAGAAGCACACAAAGGGCGAUAUUGAGAAUACGGCAAAACGAGGCAAAGGCGGACUUCGAGUCGAACAAUUCCUCACCCGUGCUUUCAACCAAGCUAUCCAUACUUGAAAAUCAUGUUGCGACGGUAUACACGAAAGAAUCCUUCCUUAAAUUUCUGGAGGAGAUGAAGAAUGCAGAGUUAUUCUUUGUGGUAGGCCUUGUGGAGCAUUUAGAAGAGAUUCCUAAGUCAUGUAUUUUGAAAAGGUGGACAAAGUUAGCAAAGAUGCAUACAAGAUUAGCACUGGAGAAUCAGACGGAUAACAACAUGGAUUGGUUUGUACGAUAUGGUUCAUUGAGUUCGAUGUGCAAUAAGCUCUCCUACUAUGCGUCUGAUACGUCAUCUUCAUUUCUAGAAGCGAAAAAUGAAAUAGAAAAUUUGACGAUGAGAAUGGAGGAACUCUAUAACAGUAAUUUGAAAGGGAAGAAAGUAGCGGGAGAUGGAGCAACAAUUCGAAACCAAGUUCGUGAUCCAAAUAUUGUGAAGACCAAAGGAAAUCCAGGCAAAGUUGCAACAAAUUUUCAAAAAGGAAGACGAUGUAGUCGAUGUAAAAGAGUGGGUCACACAAUUCGAACGUGUACAGAAUCUAGAAUCCCUCAAAAUAGUCAUCAGCGUCAGAUGGUAUGUUAG